UGCGGUCUCGACAGUAUAACUUGAUCUCAUGUACAACGUAAGAGGAGAAAAGACAAUAUUUCACAGCAUUAGUGUUAUCCUGAAUCUGAAACAUGAUGUUAUUAUCGCAAUCGACAAUUAACUGUUAUUUCAUGUAACUCGAGUGUGGAAUCUCAGCCUACAAUUGAAUGCCAGUUUCUCCUGUGUAUUAAAGCAUUUUAUUUCCUUCAUAGAACAGAUUAGCUAUCUCAGAUAACGAAUAAUUAAUUAUAUAACCAAGCGAAACAAAUUGGCAAAUAAUCUUCAAUUAAGUCUUUACUUAAGUGCAAGCUUAUCACCAUGAGACGCACCGCGGUCAUCAUGCUUGGGACCCUACUCUACAUUGGAGCAGCAUCGCUGAGCGAGGCGCAGUACGCACCAACGUGGGAGUCGCUGGACGCGCGGCCGCUGCCCGCCUGGUAUGACGAGGCCAAGAUUGGCAUCUUCAUCCACUGGGGCGUCUUCUCGGUGCCUUCCUUCGGCUCCGAGUGGUUCUGGCACAGCUGGGUCACUAAAAAUCCGGCAUAUGUGGAGUUCAUGGAGAAAAACUACCGGCCUGGGUUCACGUACCAAGAUUUUGCUGCGAUGUUCACGGCAGAAUUUUACAACCCAGUUGCCUGGGCGGACAUUUUCAAUGCGUCUGGGGCCAAGUACGUCGUGUUGACCAGCAAGCACCACGAGGGCUACACCAACUGGCCCUCCAAAGUCUCCUGGAACUGGAACUCCAUGGAUGUGGGCCCCAAGCGCGACUUGGUCGGUGAGCUGGCCACCGCUAUCAGAACGGUUCAUCCUCACCUGCAUUUCGGACUCUACCACUCCCUCUUCGAAUGGUACAACCCCCUCUUCCUGCAGGACAAAAGUAACGGUUUCCAAACCAACCAUUUCGUGAAGACCAAAACCAUGCCUGAACUUAUGGAGCUCGUGACGAAGUAUAAGCCAGAAGUGAUCUGGUCAGAUGGCGACGAAGAUGCUACAGACCAAUACUGGAAUUCGACGACCUUCUUAGCGUGGCUCUUCAACGACUCGCCGGUCAGCGAGACGGUCGUUGUCAACGAUCGUUGGGGGAAGGGCGAUGCCUGCAAGCAUGGAUCGUUCUACACGUGCUCGGACCGAUACAAUCCAGGCGUGGCACAGCCUCACAAGUGGGAGAACUGCAUGACGCUGGACAAGCGGUCGUGGGGCUACCGUCGCAACGCACCAGCCACCGACUACCUCACCAUCCACGACCUCAUCACGAUUCUCGCUGAAACCAUCAGCUGUGGAGGCAACUUGCUGGUUAACAUUGGUCCCACCCACGACGGGAUGAUCCCCGCCAUCAUGGAGGCCAAUAUUAUUUUAACCUUCAAGGAAGUAUGGAAGGGCCUGCAGGUGAUGUUACCGCAGCAAUCGAGAGUUCGCGGCCGCUGGGCGUGGGUUCUGAAGAUGACCGAUGUCAUGCCUGCGAUGAAAUCGGACAAAGCGACGAGCCGUUGGGACAUACUGAAUAAGUUCACGAGUUCGGGUGGCGCGGUUUACGGUAUCGUGUUGCACUGGCCUCAGGACGACCUGCUCACCCUCGCCUCCGUCAGCAGCACCGCCAGCACUUCCAUCACCAUGCUGGGGGACAGCCUCCAGGAGGUCUUGAAACCCACAUCAAUCCUGACCAUCUCGCUCGUCUCUCGACAGCUCCAGCCGAGAUAA